UUGCACAACCAUAGACAUGCGCCCCUGCUCACGCACUCGAAUUUGUGUUUUUUGAAAUGCACUCCCCCGUCGAACACUGCAUGUCUUUUAACCUCGAAUAUGAUUGUGGAAGGGCCUGUCCUGUAUAGCAAACCGAUAUCUAAAAUUAACGAUUGAGGGUCCUGUCGACCCCUGUGUGUCGGGAUACAGAUGCUCAACUGAACGAAUAUUGUGUAUAAUGUAAAGUCGCUAGCUAGCUAGCUAGCUAGUUAGCAAUUGGUGGCUAACAUUCGCUAGCUAGCUAGUUCUAGUUCUCUAUAAUCGUUGCACGGUGAAAAUCAGUUCCGUUUCAUCGGAUGCGUAUUUAAUAGUAAAAAGUAAUAAUCACAACUAAAUGUUUUGGAAUGCAUUUCUCAAAAAAAUGUUCCGUGUUUAAGGUGGUGCUCAGUGCCCUGCUUAUUGUAGCGCUCCUGCAGUUAAUUUACCUGUCCUUCCUAUCGAAGCUGCACGGGCGGCAGCAGCGCUACAGGUACUCGGAGCUCUUCGGAAACGCUGGAAAGAAAAAUGUUCACCAACCGGAGAAAAAUACUCGUAAAGAACGUCUCAAGUAUUCUCUAUCUACUGGCGGAAUUUUCGAUGCCAGUGGGCAGUACAGAGUAUAUAAAAACUUGAUUAAAAGCGAAUUUUCGGCCAAUCAAAAGCCAGGUGUGGAUGGGAGUUCGUUCCAGAUCACUCUGGCCACACACACAACCAUCAACAACUUGCACCAUCUGGAUUCCUUGCUGGAGCGAUGGCAAAACCCUCUCUCUGUUGCCAUAUUCGCGCACGGCCAAGAUGUCAAGUUCGCCACCGCGCUCGCCUACGCCCUCAGCAUGUUUUGUCCGCAGAUCCAAGCGCUUGUGGAUUUCCACAUGGUGUGCCACUCCGGCGAGAUGGCCAGCUUUCCUGACCAGGAUCGCGAGCAGUUCGCUGGAUUGGAAGACUGCGCUGGAGUGUUCGCUAAGCUGGAGACUCACAGGGACAAGUACAAGAACUAUGCCAUAGGGGGCAACGUCUCCUACCCCAACAAUCUGCUGCGUAAUGUAGCGCGAGGAGGUACGGACACGGCGUACAUUUUGGUCAUAGACAUUGACAUGGUUCCCAGUGCCGACCUGCCUCAGCAAUUCUCGGCCUUGCUGAAAAGGCGAGAGCCCGCUUCAGAUGAAGUCUUCGUGCUGCCAGCCUUCGAGAUCAGACACGCCCGCAAGCUGCCGGCUUCCAAAUCCGAGCUCGUGCAGCUCUACCAGGUGGGCGAGGUCCGACCCUUCUACGAAGAGCUUUGCCCCCGCUGCCAGGCGCCCACAAACUUUUCCCUGUGGGUGAAUCUACACGGCCCGGCGGCGGGGCAGUUAGAGGUGGCCUAUACCCUAAACUGGGUGGACCCCUGGGAGCCCUUCUACAUUGGACCGCGCACCGUGCCUCUGUACGACGAGAACUUCCGUCAGUAUGGCUUCAACCGGAUCAGCCAGGCCUGCGAGCUGCACGUGGCCGGGUACCGCUUCUCGGUGCUGAGCGCGGCGUUCGUGGUGCACCGGGGCUUCAAGGUGGCCGGGGACUUCCACAGGCGCAAGGACGAGGAGAACCGGCGCAACCGGCUCCUCUUCCGCAGCUUCAAGGAAGGACUGAAGGCCAAGUACCCCGCCUCCCCCCGCCGCUGCUGAGGGGGGGGGGGGGACUGUGGACCCCGCCGCGGCUCAGUCCGGCGGGAUCCACCGACCGAAAUAUCGCCACGCUCCGUCAUCUCGCACAAGGAGCCCACGUUGUGUUGACACUUUACGUUUAGAAGGCCCUGUGCCUGUUGACCACUAAUUUGCAUUUCGACCCGCGCUGUUGGCGUAGAGGGCAGUGCCGGUGACGUCGGUGAGCUGUGUGCUGCUUGUGACACCGGUACUUCAGACACUGUCCCUGGCCCUUUCCAGCAGACAGGAAACUAAAGGGUGUAAUUUCACCCUUUAAUCCAGUGGUUCUCAGCCCUGUUCCAGGAGAUCUACAGUCCUGUAGGUUUUCACUCCUACUCAAACAAAGCACACACCCCAUUCAGCCGCUAUGGACCUCAUUGAGCUGCUAAUUAGUAGAAUCGUGUGUGCCAAAUUAGUGUUGAAAUGAAGACCUACAGGGACGGUGGAUCUCCAGGAACCACUGCUUUGAUCAGUUCUGUUUGUGACGGUAAUGUUAUUCUACAGUGGACCCCAUGCUCAGCUUUUAUAGUUUGUAGUCUGAACACUGGAGGAGUGUUAUCAUAAUUCUAGUUUUUUAAUGUGCCAACCGCCUGUUUUGAUUUUAUCUUGAAAAAGUUUGAAAGAGAUUAUUCUGACACUCCCUAUUUAGAUGGGGGGUGGGGG